AAAUCAACAAUUGGUAUAUAAUUUUUUCGAGACCUAUUUUUGAAUUGCAACCCAAAGGUCAAUCAGUUGACUGAAAAAACGGGCUUGGAUAAAGUAGUCCUUCUAUCUCGCACGGCAAUUCUAUGGCGAAUUGGCCAAAAAAAUCCCUGAUUCUAUUUCGGAUACACUAAAAGAGCGCCACAGAGGGGACAUCCAAGAUGAGCGAAAUUCAUGAUGAUGAUAACGACAUUCCGAUGUUGUCGGGAUCCGCCCUUGAGGCGCUGAAGGAGUUUUAUGCAGAUCGUGAUGCAAAGGAGAAGGAGCUCGAAAACUUGAAGGCGAAGAAAAACACAGGAGAUAUCCUAUCAAUGGACACCUUCACAGAAAACUGGAACGAUUCUCAAUUUUGGUAUUCGCAAGAAACGGCUGAUAUCUUUGCUCGGGAGCUCCUCGCCAAGUGUGAUAACAAUUCAAGAAUUGCUGUCAUCUCAGCUCCAAGUGCCUUUGUUCAGUUGAAAAAUAUCAUUGCCUCGACAUCGAUGUCAGCCGACAAGAUUCCGGAGAUAUACCUUCUUGAAUUUGAUGAGCGCUUUAGCAUCUUCCCCGAGUUCGUCUUCUACGACUAUAAAUUUCCUCUUAAACUUCCACCUUCAAUGAAAGGUACCAUAGACCAUAUUAUAUGCGACCCUCCAUUUCUCAGUGAAGAUUGCCAGACCAAAGCUGCCUUGACGGCUCGAUGGCUUUGUAAGCCUUCGGGGGCUGCCCAAAGCCAGCACACUACGGAUCCAGCAUCACGAGUGAUAGUUUGUACUGGGGAACGCAUGAAUUCCCUAGUUAAUAAAUUAUAUGGGCCGCUAGGAAUUCAUACGACAACAUUCGAACCAGUGCACGCAAAGGGGCUCAGCAAUGAAUUUUAUUGCUACGCGAAUUUCGAGUGUGAUAACUGGAAGUGGAAAGAUUGAAUUAUCUGUCCACGGCUAUAAUACACCUUAAUUAGAGUCCGACUUUCGCGGAGUAUCCAUUAGUCAACCUAUGAUAAACUCCUUGCAAAUAUAACCUUCCUCGCGCCUGUUUCCGAGACUACCUACGCCAGAGACCGAAU